AUGUUCCCCUCUCAAAGUGACAAUUACAAUGGCUUCAAUGCGCCUCAACACAAUCAACCACAAAACACACAACUCUAUCAACAACAAGUGCUGCAGCAACAGCAGAAUUUUCAACCCUCUAUCAAUAUGACUCUGCCGUCUAUGGCUUCGUUUGAUCCUGCUGUAAUUGCAUACCAGAACCGACCAGAGCGAUUUCCUCAAAAUGACGGUCUUUUGGGACCGAAAAUUCAGCUUCAAAACGUUGCUUUUACGAUCACUGAGGAUCAGUUACGAUCCGCCGGAAAUCCGGCUUUUCUGAGGUUAGAGUUGGAAAACAGGCGUCUUGAGACCGUGAUACAGCUUCAAUCAGAGCUUCUACUAUCUCGCGAGAAGGAAGCCAAACCCGGGCGUGCAACUUUCAACAAAGACGACUACUGCAAUGUUUCGUUCUGGUCAAAACCUCGAAGUUCCAUGUUGAAAAAAGCUAUGGUCAUCAAUGUUACGGAUCAAGACAGUGCCUCAAACUCACCAUCAUCGUCACCACCUCCAACGGGCAGGAAGAAAAAAGGGAAGAAUCAACCACCUCCAUCUCAUCUCGAGAAGGAAGACAGCACUGUUAUCAGCAAGGCAGAAUACAAGGAGUUGCUACGGGACUUGAAGGGCUUUUGGCACGACAAUAUUGAUAGGGAAGAUCCACCAGAAAACUUUUCUGGCCUAGGUGCUUCGAUGCAGGACAAAUACAGAGAUUUCCUCGAGACUCGGCACUGGUACCUGGCACUCUGCGACAACCAUUGGAAGGUUGAUGGCCUGUGGAUGACACAUUAUCACAGUUGGAAGAAGAACCACUGUGCUAACCCAGCUAGGAAGCAGAAUACACGCAAACGCCAAACACACUCCGAUGACCCCGACUCGGAGGAACUGUCUAGGGCCAACAAACGUUAUAGGACCCCAGAGAAAGUAAGCAAUUUGAUCUUGUCACAUCUAUUUCUCGCGCUCAGAAGCUCGCCUCUAGGUCUCUUCAUCACCUUCGCCCUCUUCGCCCAGUCGGCCAACCUCAACGUCAACUCCCUCCAUGACUGUGGCACGGAAAUGGAUUCUGUAGCUAACGUUCCACCAAGAGAAGUAAGCCGCCGGUUUCAUAGAUUUCGGUCAGCAGUAAUGCAAGGUUUCCAGAUAACGGCCAACAAGCAUGCUCAACACCCACCGGUUCGAUUUCGCUCUAUCCCAUCCAUCCCAUUUCAACAAGUGAUACAUUUCGUACAGGCUAGGGUAAUUCCGAGGGACAGUAUCAUUGCCAUUGAUAUGGCAGCAUUGGAGGACGAAGUUUCCCGUGCCGAAACUUCGUCCGUCGAUGACAAUUCAAAUGCUGAGAUCGUCAAGCGCAAACAAAAGAACCCAGUCGUCUUUACCAUCCUCAAGACACUGCGGGAGCGCGUAGAAAGUCUCCCGGAUGCUAUCCCUCUUGGUAUAGCUACGGGCCUGUUACAGCGGUACAGCGUCGAACCUUCCACGCUGACUGAUGGCAUGCCCAACGAUGACCCUGAGAUGUUGUGGGACCCAGAGGCCGGUGGGUGGGAUUCGGAGUUCAAUAAUCUCCUUCCCCAUACAAUUUCCAUGAUCCACCCACUGGUGUUGCGCGGGGAGUAUGGUCUUAUUGGGCUCGUUUGCACGAUGGAGCACCUGGUACAGGAUCUCGGGCUGGACGAGUUCCUGCUUGAUGGAAAGGUCAACUGCCUUCUCCAGGCCAUCGAUGAAGUCUGUAAUCUUCUGGGCACAAGAGUAGACAACUUGACAACCAUCGCAAGUGGGGCCGAACCGUCAUCUUGUGAAACCGCCGGAUUUGUUGAGCUUGUUGAUACACGUACCAUUAAGGCUCCAGGAAAGCGUGUGCGGGGUUCGUGGAAAAUUCCAGAUGAUAUUUCGCCAAAAUGGGCGGCCGCCAUCGAUUGGAAGGCAGAACACCCUACCGGAACAUUGAAGGAAUUCAACACGGUCUGGCUGAAAACCAUCUCCAAGGAUCCCAUCAAGCUGAAAGCACGUACCACCUAUCAGGAACGUGCUUCGGCCAAGCGACUUGAAACCAAGGGGAGGAAAUGA